AGCCGGGGGAGGCCGGCUCCCCCCCUGAAGACCUGCGCAGCCUCCACCCAGGGGCGCUGCUCUACUGGGCCGCUCGCCACCAGAACCUGCCCACCAUGGCCGACGCCCUGGCCCAUGGCGCAGACGUCAACUGGGUCAACACUGCCGAGGACAGCCGGACCCCCCUGCUGCAGGCCGUGGCUGCGAAUUCCCUGCUGGCCUGCGAGUUUCUGCUACAGAACGGAGCCAACGUCAACCAGGCGGACAGUGCCGGGCAGGGGCCCCUGCACCACGCCACCAUCCUGGGCCACACCGGGCUGGCCUGCCUGUUCCUCAAGCGGGGGGCCAAUCUGAACGCGGUCGACAUGGAGGGGAAGGACCCGCUCUCCAUCGCCAUAGACACGGCCAACGCUGAUAUCGUCACCCUGCUGCGGCUGGCCAAGAUGCGGGAGGCGGAGGUCGCGCAGGGACAGUCAGGUGACGAGACCUACCUCGACAUCUUCCGGGACUUCUCCCUGAUGGCGUCCGACAAUCCCGAGAAGUUGACCCGCCGAGACCUGAAACUCACCACCCUCUAGCGCCCCCCCUGGGGGUGCACCACCGAGCCACCGUGUGUGUGUGUGUGUGUGUGUGUGCGCGGGGGGGGGGGAUCCCCUCCUGGGGAUCCCCUCCCCCACCCCUGGCUCCUCCCCCUUCCCUGGCUGGGAGGGGCAGCGAAGCAGCAGGGACUUCUUCCCCCCGCCCUCCGCCGCCCCUGGGCUGCUUUCUUAACGACCAUAAUCCCCCCCCAUUCUUCUGCUGCUUGUGCUGUCACUCUUGGAUGGGGGCAAUAGGGGAUAGGGGCCAAUCUCCCAUCGCCCCCUCUUCUGCCCCCCAUCACAGGCCCCCAGAUCGCCCCCUCAUUAUACGGCAGGGGCUUAUCCCUGCCCCCACCUCCAUUAUGGGGAGGGGCUUCUCCCUGGUCCCCCUUCUGGCCCCCAGAUACCACCCCCCCGUUUAUAGGGCUAAUCCCAUAUCCCCACCCAUCCUAUUUAUUAUUUCUAUGGGACCAUCCUCCCUGUUCGUUGUUUUAACCCCCCAUGUACAUGCACAUGGCUCCCCUCCUCCGGUUGAGGCAUGGUGGGGGGACCCCGUCUUUGAAUGGAGGGGAAGGGGGAGCAGCGGGAGAUCUGGGCAUCUGUACAAAGCUGGCAUGCAAUAAACAGACCAGGCUGCAAUAUCAACUUCUGCUUCCACCUCUGGGGCGGGGCAGCUGGUGACACAGGGACCCCUCGCCCGGCGCUGAGAUGCGGCCACCUCUGGGGUGGGGCAGCGGAUUACACAGGGAUCCUGUAGCCACAGCAGUGCUAGUUUCGUCGCCUGUUUCUCCAUCUCGCCACCAGAUGGCGGCGUUGACCCUAGUGGCUGGAGGGGGCAGCGUCUCACCCAACCCACCAGCCCCCACUGCCCUCCCAGAGCCGGGAAGAGAACCCAGGAGUCCUGGCUCCCAGCCCCCCCUCCUCUACCCCACCAGCCCCCACUCCCCUUCCAGAACUGGGGAGAGAACCCAGGAGUCCUGACUCCUCCCCGCCCCCUCACUCUCCUUCCUUGAAAAGUUGUUUUUUGUCCAGCCCUGUGAUCAACAUCUCUGUAGCCUCUUUCAGCCGCGCACCCCGAAUUCCAGCCUGCCUCCUCUCCGCCUCCCUGUCUCUACCGUCCAAGGGUCCCGUGCGCCGGGCGUGCCCAUGGGCCUGGGGCCCGGAGAUAAGGGUGGGUGGAGUCAGGUGGGUGCAGAUAAGAAAUGGAGCUGAAGGUUCGAAAGGGCCUCUGGGGUCAGCCACAGGCUCAACCGGCAGGGGAACCGGGUGCCUGCCCUGCGUUUAACACUGAGAGCAUUGUUUGCCGGCAGGCUGCACACGCUGUGGUUUUUCAGGAGGGUCCACACACACUCAGCUGGAAGAAGAGCGGACUUGAGGUGUAAAAAUGGCGUAACCCUCUCAGAAGGGACUGGAGCAACUCUGGAUUUAAACUAGUGACUGAACUCGAGUCACUCUGGAUUUACACCAUUGAGUGAAUUGGAGUGGCUCGGGAUUCACACUGAGCUCAGUAUCUGGCCCUUUUUGCACUGCAGCGACUCUGGAUUUACACUGGUGGAAUUGAGAUCAAAGUCUGGUCCUUAUAGCUUUUAUUGAUCUGGAGUGACUCUGGAUUUACACCAUUGACUGAACUGGAAUGACUCUGGAUUUACACCAAUGGAACUGAGAUGCAAAUCUGCCCCUUACACUGAACUCUGGAUUUACGCCAGCAUUGCUGAGCUCAGAGUCUGGUCCUUAUACCAUUGACUGGACUGGAGCCACUCUGGAUUUACACCACUAGAACUGAGCUCAGUAUCUGGCCUGUUGUGAUUACCCUCCUCCCCCAUUUCCAAUGUCACUUCAUCUCACUCCUCUCUAGGACGUUAUUGUCCUGAUUUAAGGGUGGACAGUUCUCCUGGGACGUUCCCAGAGCUCAGCGCCCACGGUUCCCAUGUUGUCUCUGUCUUGUUGGAUGGAAAGCAACUGCUAUUUUCCAUUCUCAACAGGCAGAUGAGGUUCUCCCAUCACAGAGGUGGUGUCCAUUCUGGUGGGUUAAAUUCCCAGCAUCCUGACUGGGAGGAGAAGCAGUGGAACAGGAGCAAAGGUUUGGCACCAUAGAGGACCAGGCCUCCCACCAUGAGGAAAGUCCCAGAUGCAAUGAAAGAGCCUGUGUAGCUGCCGGUCACAUCCCUUAGGAAACCUAGAACACAAAAGAACACGAGUUAUACCAAUAGUAGGGGUACCUAGAACCCAGCAUACAUAAUUUUGUGAUACCUACAAUGUAUUGAGUUGGAGUGGACUAUAAUUUAGAUCAGGGAUUGGCAACCUUUGGCACGUGGCCCAUCAGUGAAA